AUGAUAUCUUCUUUGGUUGAAAACCUGGGGGACAAGUAUCCCAAUAUUAUAUUAAAUAAGUCGGGAUGCUCGAAGCUAGAAAAUCCGGAGAACGGGGCCCUCAUGAAUCCCAUCGGUGAGAAGGCGGUGAUCAUGUGCAAUGAUGGGUAUGUCUUGGUUGGAACUCGUUUUGCAUACUGUGACGGCAAGAAUUGGACUAACAAGUUGGGCAAGUGCAUUGAAAGCAGCCACAAAAAAGAUCAGUCCUGCGACUUCGAGAGUGAGGAUCAGUGCGGAUGGCAGGGAGAGACCUUCGGUAAUUCUUGGCACCGAACCAAGGACCACACCUCCGACGGUUACUUUGUGAGCCUUUUUACAAUGACUUUCGACAAGAUCUAUCACUAUGAAUCACCGAUCUUUCCGCGUAUGCUCAGCUUAAGUACCUCUUGCUUUCGUUUCCGAUACAAGAUAGAGGGAAACGAAAAAGGUCUUCUAGUAGUUUCGGUUAAGCCAUCCUCCUUGUCCUUGGACCAUAUGCAAAGCGGCAAAUAUGGAAAUUUCAGUAAAAUGGCAAUUUCAAGAUCUCAAAACGGUUGGCAUGUAGAAACAAUUGCUAUUGAUAAAAUGGAUACAGACUUUCAGAUCGUGUUCACAUAUUCGAGCAAUGGAGUGAGUUCGGUUGGAGUCGACAACGUUAAGCUAAUGACGGGUCAGAGUUGCAUGGCUGAUCAUCUCAUUACCACAUCGGAGGCUCCCUCCGCGGCAGAAUCAACCUCUGGCCAUGACUAUACUACCGAAUCAACCUACUAUCCAAAUAUCCCAGAUACUUUCGAACUAACGACGUCGACGGUGAGCACUGACUUUAAGGAUAAUAAUAGCUCUGAAUCGGAGUCAAAGAUUAAGGCUUCUAACCAAUCAACGUAUGCCAGCGAACUUAUCGGAUUGGAUACCACUUCACCAAGGAUGAGCUGUUUCAACCGAUGUGGCCAAAUAAUGCACCCGGGCAUGGAUCACGUUGCACUUCAAGGCACCUACAUUAAGGGAUGUGGCUGCAGUGAACAUUGUGUUGAUGACAAUAACUGUUGUGAGGAUUUUAUUAUAGAAUGCCUGACAAAGAACAUUCCGGAAACUAAAGAGCCAAUACCAAUGGAAACCCCACCAAAAAAAGAACCAACACCUACAAAUCGGUUUUGGCAAUCAAAACCAUCGACUUCCUCAAAAAUGAACUGCUCCAAUCGAUGUGGCCAAAUAAUGCGCCCGGGCAUGGAUCACGUUGCAUCUGAUGGAACCUAUAUCAAGGGAUGUGGCUGCAGUGUUCAUUGUAUUCAGGACGAUAACUGUUGUGACGAUUAUUUUAAGGAAUGCGAGUCGAAGGAAAAUACGGAAAUUAAAGAGCCAAUGGAACCAAUGGAAACGGGAUCCACAGAAAUAUCAACGCCAAUGUCAACCAAUCCCAUUUCAGCGCAAAUGACUUACAUUCGCGCAAAAUUAAUGAUUCCUGAGGCGGAAGGUCAAGUGAAUAACAUCGACAUUGAUGUGAUCGAGGUGAACGCAGGUAGCGCGGAUUUGGCGGGUUUGGGGCUUCAAUUACUAGAGGAUCCUUAA